GUUAUCUGGUGACUAGUAAUACCUGCCAUGAAUAGAGGCAAACUUGGUGGAUUUUGCAUGUUUUUGAUAUAGGUCUUGCAGCGUUUUGAAUAAAAGUAAACAGUUUCCGCAUACAAGACUCCCACAGGGGGCGGACAGGGUCGGGACUGGUUGAUUUGGUGCGACUAUAGAGGGUAAACCAGUUGGAAUUCAAUCUUCUUGGCACCAUAAUCAUUGUCCUUGGCUUUUACAAUCAUUUGUUUACUACUGUUUAUCGCAUUAUGACUGUAGAAGAUGUAAAACUUGAAGACGAAUGAAGUCUGGUCUUGGAAGUUUUUAGAGAGCCUGAUUGAUUUGCCUUGUAAACAUUCACUGAUGUUGCAGCUUGAGGUAUGCAACCAAUAUUCUGUCUUGUCUGAGCCCCGACGAUAACUAAUGGGCCAUUAUUGGGCUCUUAAUGAGCAGGCUUGUUGGAUCGAAGCCUCUGCAAACUGAAUGAGAAGGCUUGAGCCAUGACAUGAAGGUCAUAAUGUCUGCUGUUUUGGGCCUUUCACCUUGGUCUUUCAAGAGUUGGGAGUUUCAGUUCCUUUACAAAAGGUCAUAAGCUAGGCCCAAAUAUCUGGGAAUGGAGAUGGACUGAAGCCUCUGUAAACUGGCUUGGUAGAAACGAGCGGAUAACAUUCUGAACACGUACAAGCAAUCCAAGCAACACCCAAGUGUAUGGCUUGCAUUUAAGCUGCCUUGGUUCUUCUCUUAUACCUCCCAAAUCAAAAUCAAACAGCACUGGAAGAGAGAAACAGUAUAUAAUUUAUAAGGAGAAGAGUAGACAGAGACCAGAGAAGGACCCAGAAAUCAUGGCUUCAACAACUACAAAUCCUCUGCUUUCUUCAAGCUUCUUUGGUACAAGAACCUUAAACUCUCCUCCGACGCCUAAAACCACCAAAUCCAGACCCUUUGCGUUGCCAUUAAAGUUCCAGAUUUUAAACAAGAAAUCUAGUUCAGACCCUUCAAAGAGCUUUCAAUCCCAAGCCACUUUAGCUGCUUUGCUCUUCUCUUCAUUGACGCCCCAAGCCCUAGCAAUAGAUAACAACCCAUCGUCGCCGCCGACCGUCAUAACCCCAGCUCCGGUGAUCGAAGCCCAAUCCACCAAUACCAACAACCCCUUCUCUCAGAACAUGAUUCUUCAAGCACCGAAACCACAGUCCCAGGCUGUCUCUGACCUCCCGGAGGGCUCUCAAUGGCGAUACAGCGAGUUCCUCAACGCGGUCAAGAAGGGGAAGGUCGAGCGCGUCCGCUUCAGCAAGGACGGUUCUGCCCUCCAGCUUACCGCCGUCGAUGGCCGCAGAGCCAGCGUCAUCGUCCCUAACGACCCGGACCUCAUUGACAUCUUGGCCAUGAACGGUGUCGAUAUUUCGGUCUCGGAGGGGGAUUCCGGUAACGGACUAUUCAAUUUCAUAGGAAACCUACUUUUCCCAAUACUCGCUUUUGCUGGAUUGUUCUUCCUCUUCCGACGUGCCCAAGGCGGCCCCGGAGGGCCCGGUGGACUGGGCGGACCCAUGGAUUUUGGAAGAUCAAAAUCCAAAUUCCAAGAAGUUCCAGAAACUGGUGUGACAUUUGCGGAUGUAGCCGGAGCUGACCAGGCGAAGCUGGAACUGCAGGAGGUGGUCGAUUUUCUAAAGAACCCGGACAAGUACACUGCAUUGGGAGCUAAGAUCCCGAAAGGAUGUCUAUUGGUAGGGCCACCGGGGACUGGCAAGACCCUUUUGGCGCGGGCCGUCGCCGGGGAAGCUGGAGUACCGUUUUUCUCCUGUGCAGCUUCCGAGUUCGUGGAGCUCUUUGUGGGUGUUGGGGCAUCGAGAGUGAGAGACUUGUUUGAGAAGGCAAAAUCGAAGGCCCCAUGCAUUGUGUUCAUUGAUGAGAUUGAUGCGGUUGGGAGGCAGAGAGGAGCUGGUUUGGGAGGUGGAAACGACGAGAGAGAGCAAACUAUCAAUCAGCUAUUGACGGAGAUGGAUGGGUUUUCAGGUAAUUCUGGGGUUAUAGUGUUGGCUGCUACAAACAGGCCUGAUGUUCUUGAUUCAGCUCUGUUGAGGCCUGGCAGGUUCGAUAGGCAAGUCACUGUGGACAGGCCUGAUGUUGCUGGUAGAGUCAAGAUUCUUCAGGUUCACUCUAGAGGGAAAGCUCUUGCCAAGGAUGUAGACUUCGAUAAGAUUGCUAGGAGAACCCCAGGUUUCACUGGGGCUGAUUUACAGAAUUUGAUGAAUGAAGCAGCCAUACUUGCAGCCAGGCGUGACCUUAAGGAAAUCAGCAAAGAUGAGAUAUCGGAUGCCCUUGAGAGGAUCAUUGCAGGACCAGAGAAGAAAAAUGCUGUCGUCUCUGAUGAAAAGAAAAGGCUUGUUGCCUAUCAUGAAGCUGGGCAUGCUUUAGUUGGAGCACUAAUGCCCGAGUAUGACCCUGUAUCCAAGAUAUCCAUCAUUCCUCGUGGCCAAGCCGGUGGGCUCACCUUUUUUGCUCCAAGUGAAGAGAGGCUCGAGUCAGGGCUGUACAGCAGAAGCUAUCUGGAGAAUCAGAUGGCUGUGGCACUUGGUGGCAGGGUAGCAGAAGAGGUCAUCUUUGGUCAAGAUAAUGUGACAACGGGAGCAUCUAAUGAUUUCAUGCAAGUUUCUCGUGUGGCGAGACAAAUGGUCGAGAGAUUUGGUUUCAGCAAGAAGAUCGGACAAGUUGCCAUCGGUGGACCUGGUGGAAAUCCAUUCUUGGGUCAACAGAUGUCAUCCCAAAAAGAUUACUCCAUGGCAACUGCUGAUAUUGUAGAUGCAGAGGUAAGAGAGCUUGUAGAGACAGCAUAUACAAGAGCCAAGCAAAUCGUCACAACCCAUAUCGACAUUCUUCAUAAGCUUGCUCAGCUGCUCAUUGAGAAGGAAACUGUUGAUGGUGAAGAAUUCAUGAGCCUCUUCAUUGAUGGAAAAGCUGAGUUAUAUGUUGCUUGAGCGCUUGUCUAAGCAUCUGAACUAGUUAUUUUGUAUUAUAGUUAUUAUUACACAUGUACACGCAUCAAAGAUCAAUUAGUUAUUUGUUCACUACAGAAAUGCCAUUAUUCUUACAGUUUUAUCAA